UCAGAUUUCGCCAGGAGAAGAUUGCGUUAGUGGCCGACGUGGAACAAAUGUUCCAUCAAAUCCGAGUUCGCGAAGACGAUCAGCCUGCCAUGAGCUUCCUUUGGCGGAAUAUGAAUUUAUCGCAAGAGCCAAAUGUAUAUCAAAUGAAGGUUAGUAUUUUUGGCAUGAGAUGUAGUCCUGCAAUCGCCAGUUACGUGCUGCAAAGAACAGCGGAAGACCAUGGUAAGGAGACAGCAGUGUCAAAAGCUGCCGUUUCAGCGGUGCAACACAAUUUUUACAUGGAUGACUUCCUAAAAUCAGAGUCCAGCAUUUCUGCGGCGUGUAUUAUGCGUUCGGAGGUCACAAAACUGGUGGCCCGCGGAGGAUUUCGUCUUACUAAAUGGAUGAGCAACGACACCCGAGUUCUAGAAAGCAUCGAUGUCUCCGAACGCCUUCACCCAGACGCCGAUUCACGGAGUUUAGAUACGUUCCGGGAGCGCGCUCUUGGCUGCGCCUGGAUUCCAGCCAAGGACGUCGUUGGCAUUUACUCUCGAGUGAGUGUGACAUCUCUUACAAAGCGGGGAAUGUUACAAGGUAUGGCGUCAGUGUUUGACCCAUUGGGUAUGGUUUCUCCAUUUAUUUUGAAGGCGAAGGUCCUCAUACAAAGACUUUGGACUCUUAAGUACGCUUGGGACCAGAAGCUAAGAAGCCCCGAGUUGGAGGAGUGUCAGCUUUGGUUUGAACAGGUUACACAUUUGCCGGAUAUCGCAACCCCAAGGUACUUUAAGGGAGCAGGAAGUCAUGAGACAGCACGAAGGGAGCUUCACGUUUUCUGCGAUGCCAGUGAAAAUUCCUUCGCUGCCGUUGCUUACAUUCGUGCAGUAGUAAAUGGCGGAAGUGCCUAUAGUUCAUUUAUCAUGGCGCGUACGAGACUGGCGCCACUCAAGCAGCUGACGAUUGUCAGAUUGGAGUUGCAGGCUGCUGUCUUGGGCGCUCGGUUAGCAGACACUAUCAAGCGGCAGAUAACUUACAAAUUUGACCAAACGGUUUUCUGGAGUGACAGCAAAGUGGUGAUCAAUUAUAUCCGCAACGAAAGCCGUCGCUUCCAUACUUUUGUAGCAAAUAGGAUUUCCGAGAUUCAGCACCUUUCAAGAUGGGAAGACUGGCGUCAUAUAUCGGGCAAAAACAAUCCUGCAGAUAUUGCUUCACGUGGCACAACCCUGAUCAAGCUCAGAGAUUCGCGUUUAUGGUGGCAAGGUCCUAGUUUUUUGGAGCAGAAUCAGGAUGACUGGCCAGAUCAACCUGAAGGCAGUCCUGUUUUGGAUCCAGAGGAUAUGGAGGUGAAGAAAUCGCCGAUACUGAUAGCAGCUAUUUCUGAGCAUGUUCGUCUCAGGCUAUUGGACUCGCAGAGAUUCUCCUCUUGGCUGAAGUAUAGAAGAACUAUGGCGUGGAUAUUUCGAUUCGUUGGGAAUAUCCAAGCUAGGGUAAGGGCAGGCCUGCGAAGUACCUGGGGCUCCCUGUCGAGUGCAGAAAUUGAGAGCGCAGAAGCUUUCAUCCUGCGGGAAGACCAGGCCGAGGGUCAGAACAGCCCGAAACAUAUGUCACCGUUCAUCGACCAGCACGGCGUCCGGCGCGUUGGCGGUCGCCUCUGUAACGCCCCAAUAGCCUACAUGUCCCAACACCCGGUCAUUUUGUCACCGGGUAGCGAUAUAACCCGGCUUAUCGUGCGUGAUAUUCACGAGAAGCUUUUUCAUUCGGGCUUGAAUCACACUCUGAAUGAGUUCAGGAUGAAAUAUUGGAUGGCAAAGGCCAGGGGAACAGUUAGAAAGCUUAUCAACCAGUGCAUUUUCUGCCGCAACAGACGAGCUUGUCCGAGAGCUCCACUGAUGGCCAGCCUUCCGGAAGUGCGCUUCGACCAGAGCCGCCCCUUCAGUGCUAUAGGAAUAGAUUUUUUUGGACCACUUCAAGUCCGCAAGUUUCGUAGAACAGAAAAACGAUUCGUUCUGCUUAUUACUUGUUUGGCUACGCGCGCGCUGCACUUAGAGGUGGCUUGCGCUAUGGAUACAGACGCCUUUCUAAUGGCGUUACGCCGUUUCAUAGCGCGGCGGGGAAAACCGAAAAUUAUCUACUCUGACCGAGGAACCAACUUUGUCGGCGGUGAAAGAGAACUUCGUGAAAACAUCGAACGCUGGAAUCAAGCUCAAAUUACUGACCAGCUUAGCCAAAGUCAAAUUGAAUGGCAUUGGAACCCUCCGGCUGCCCCUCACAUGGGUGGAGUGUGGGAACGGCUGAUAGCAUCCGUCAAGAGGGCGCUCAGGGCUGUGCUCGGAAAUCAAUUUGUUACUGACGAUGUUCUUUAUACUGCUCUUGUGGAAGUAGAAUACAUGCUUAACGGCAGGCCGUUAACAUACGUCAGCACUGACGAGCGAGAUCCUGAGGCAUUAACACCUAACCAUCUUUUGCUGGGAUAUAGCUCAGACAAAGGCGCAGGGCUCCCGCCGGGCGUCUUUGGAGAGCAUGACCUGUUGAGCAGGCGACGCUGGCGUCAUUCCCAAGCGCUCGCUCAGCACUUCUGGAAGCGAUGGCGAAAGGAAUAUCUGCCAACUCUUCUUGCCCGGCAGAAAUGGCUGAAUGAAACUGACAACAUGAAGGUCGAUGACGUUGUCUUGAUUGUCGAUGAAAACACUCCGAGAGGACAUUGGCCCCUUGCAAAGGUUACAGCGGUUCAUUUAAGCUCCGAUGGGAAGAUACGUUCGGCUGAUGUGAAAACCGCGAGCGGAACAUACAAACGUCCUGUGCAUAAGCUCUGCCUUUUGGAAUCAUCACGGCACAGAUGAAACGUGGUCGUGGUCGCUUGGCCAUUGUUGAAGUGGACCUGUCGUCCCACUGGGGGGAGUGUAGUGGCGCGACCAUAAUCAGGGAGGGUCGUUCUCAAAACAAAGCAUGUGACUUUUCGGUUUGAGCAGCGACUAAUUUAAUACUUUUGUGUCAAUUUGUUGACACACUUUGUUUUGUUUAGUUUUGUUUGAGUAAUUUAAAUUGUUUACAUAGAAUCUUCAGUUGUGGGAAAGGUCAUUCUCUUAAAAUCACUUGAAACUGUAUUGUCUCACACUUUGAUAAAAUUGUCGUAAUGUUACCUUUGAUUUGAUUGGUUUGGUGCAAUAUCAAGGAAUAUACAGGAAGACUAGAAAUCAGUGCGUUUUAAAGACCGAAUCGACCCAGAAGAUUCUACACCAAGGAAUGUAAUGAUAACGACGCUGACACGUGCGUUUGUCCGGAGGGGUUCACCCUCUGCGGCGGCAGCUGCUGGCGCUACGAGAACUCCUCUCUCAUCUCCUAUGCCGAUGCAGUGUCGCUCUGUGCCGGCCUGGGUGCCGAGGUGGCUCUCCCCACCUCCGCUGCCGAGAACCAGUGCGCUGAAUGUGUGACGUCCAGCUCCCUGGGUGCCUGGAUCGGACUCCGGGGCACCACGACGCUGGACUCCUUCGUCACCUCUGACGGCUCUGCUCCAGCCUACACCAACUGGCAUGAAGAUCAGCCAAACCUUAGCGGAUGCGAGCCGUAUAACUGCGAUAACUGCGCGUAUGUUUCUGCCGCCGAUGGCAAGUGGUAUGUUUACCGCUGCGAUUUCAUCUAUCUUACCCUUUGUCAUACGCGGACCUGCUGUGCUUAGUUGGACUUGGGAUAACGCUUCCGAAAUAAUGACUCUUCUUUGGUGUCCUUAUGGGAUAUUAAUGUCUUUAACAUAUAUCUAUAUCUGUAGAUAUCUUGACUGAAAGUUGGAUGGCAAAAAAUUGUGUAGCCCAAUUUCGUCUAAUACUUUUUUUACUCAUCUUCUUUUACAUUUGUCAUUUAACGUAAUCAGUUUGGCUGCUCACAGAAUAGCCACAUCUUGAAUCUAUUUCUUUUUACCAUUAAUGUAAAAACUGCACUUCUGGGUAACGUUGUCAUUACAUAUCUAUAAAGGAAGCCCCUAAUGUUGCAUAGGACAAAAAAAUGACAUGCGAUCUAGCGACGAUGAUAUAUGGAGAAGAGGAAGAGAAAGGAGGGAGGAGCAGUGAAAGGAGGAGAUGGGAAAGGGAAGAAGACUAGAAAAAGAAGAAGACCAUGAAGAAAGGGCGAGGAAGGAGGAGUAGGAGAUUGGAAGUUUUUUUUUGCGACGGGGACUUACACCUGUUGUCUGCUAUGUAGUUUGACGUCUUUUUCUUUCGCCUUCCUUACCUACCCUAUACUACCUACAUAUAUGCAGUUUAGUUUGGCGGUGGUAGUUUUUUUCGCGUUUGUGUCGGUGCACGGGUUAAUCAAUGUUACAUACCAAUGGUGCUUGCGUCUCGAAAAUGUUUUAUUCAUGCCAUUUUGGUCGUAGUUUGCACUUGCAAUAUAUCAAAUAUGCACUUUA